CCCAAUACACACACACACAUACACCCACCACUUACACACAUCCAUCCCUCUUGUGUGAACGUAAACACACAUACACACCACAGACGCGUGUGGUUGACCGCACCGGGCUCUCGACUGUGUGUGAAGACACGCGCGGCACGCCAAAGAAGCAGCACUACUGAAUCUGACGCUCGCUUUGUAGCAGGACCGCCAAGCAGAUCGCAACGAAAACCAUCCUACUUUAUCUCUCUCUCUCUCUCUCUCUCUCUCUCUCUCUCUCUCUCUCUCUUUCUUUUUCCCUCCCUCUCUUUUCAGUUGUACUUGUGUGAACAGAGCUGGAGAAUAGGAAAUACACCCCCCCUCAAUCUCUCGCUCUCUCUCUCUCUCUUUCUCUCUGUCCUGUGGAGGGAUAAACAGUGAAAAGAUGAGCCUGUGAUACAGCAUCAGACCUGAGUGACCUGACAGCUCAAACUAAUCCUCUUCAGACAAGAAGGAAUGCUGCCAGUUGAAGCCUAGUCUCUGAUAGCAGUGGAGAACAAGCAGUCUACUUCCCGGAAGAAUACAAGACUUCUCUGAUCUGGGUGAUGAAGGAGCCUGUGACCUGCAGAGGGGAAAGUAAAAUAUAAGUGACUGAUUCCUGCUUCAACAGAGCGAGCAGCUUUUGCCGGUUCAUCGGACAGAGUGACUUGCCACGCUCCGACUGCCCCCCUUCUCCCCACAGAAUCAGACACUUCUGUGGUUGCAGUGAGACCCCAACAAGCUCAGCCACAGCUGUACAUGGAGACCCCCAGCUGGGCAGAAACCAAACCAGGAAACGGGCUGUGUAAAACAGGAAGCAUUGCUCUCUUUGGAAACGUAGUGUACAGCGGGCUGCUGAACGAUCACUUCUGGCAUUUCGGGGUUCCCCUUGUCACAAGACUGGGUAACCAGGAGGCCCCAGCUCCCCCAGAAGCCAUGGCUCAGCCGUACGCCCCAGCUCAGUAUCCUCCUCCUCCACCUCAGAACGGGCUGCCUGGCGAAUACACCCACCCUGGGCAGGACUACACGGGGCCCAGUCCGGUCCCUGAGCACGCAGCGGCCCUCACCAUCUACACACCAACACAGACACACAGCGAGCCGCCUGGCACCGACAGCAGCACACCUUCCCUCACAGGGACCAGCAGCUUAACACAGGCGGACGAUGUGGUACAGACAGACGGAUCUCAGCAGCUUCAGCUCCAGCCAUCAGACUCUUCAGAGAAGCAGCAGCCCAAACGGUUACACGUCUCCAACAUUCCCUUCCGCUUCCGGGACCCAGACCUCCGACAAAUGUUCGGGCAAUUUGGGAAAAUUUUGGAUGUGGAAAUUAUUUUUAACGAGCGGGGCUCUAAGGGUUUUGGUUUUGUAACUUUUGAAACAAGUGUAGAUGCAGACCGUGCACGGGAGAAAUUAAACGGUACAAUCGUAGAGGGACGCAAAAUUGAGGUAAAUAAUGCAACGGCAAGAGUAAUGACAAACAAAAAAGUGGCCAACCCCUAUACAAAUGGCUGGAAGCUGAAUCCAGUGGUGGGAGCUGUCUAUGGUCCUGAAUUUUAUGCAGUGACAGGCUUCCCCUAUCCAACCACAGGGGCGACGGUGGCUUACAGGGGCGCCCACUUGAGAGGCAGAGGUCGUGCCGUCUACAAUACGUUCCGUGCCGCGCCUCCACCCCCUCCCAUUCCCGCCUACGGAGCUGUGGUUUACCAAGAUGGCUUCUACGGUGCAGAGAUCUAUGGUGGCUAUGCAGCAUACAGAUAUGCCCAACCAGCCGCAGCAGCCGCAGCCGCCUACAGUGACAGCUAUGGCAGAGUCUAUGCAACAGCAGACCCUUAUCACCACACGAUUGGACCUGCAGCCACGUACAGCGUGGGCACUAUGUAAAUAUAAAGCUAGAAGACAACGGAGAAGAGCAUCAGCUAAAAAGGAACAAAGAGGAUCAAGGAAGAAGAGUGUCAAUGAAAAAAAAAACAUACAAAAAGAAGUUAAGAGGAAAUCCUUACACCGAGGCUGUCAGGAGAAGGCAUUAUAUAUCUCUGUUGGGACGCGAGACUGACGCAGCCAAGCUGUGGAUGAAAAAGAAGGGGUUUAGCUUUCACCUGGGACAGCCUUUCGGGGUGGAGGAGGAGGAGAGGAGAGGUCAUCAUAAAACUUUUUAUUUUUCUAAACUUUUUUAAGUUUAUGGUUUCCAAAAAGAUGAAAAAGAUGAGUGUAUAUAUCUAUAUAGCGAUAUAUAUGUAUGUAUAAAUAUGUUACAAAAAAAAGAAGCUAAGAAAAAAAAUAGUACACAACUAGCAACAGAGUGAUGAGUUAGCGCUGUAGGAGGGGGUGGGGGUGGGGGGUGUACAAAUGUUGAUCCUUCACACCCCCCACCCCCCUCCCACCGAAAACCUCCUUGUCCGGCCUGCGCCAGGAGGGUCAAGGAGGGCCGACACGAUUCCAUGUGGCCCCUCUUCAUCCAAAGCCUUUGAAAAUAUGGCACAGCUGGGUCUUCCAUCAGUAGGUUUCGUCAUGUGUUGAGCCCGGAGGGAAACAAACGGCCUUUACUCUCUAACAUCAGAGGCAGUGAUCCUUCUAGAUGCCAGACGAACUUGCAUGGGACUCCAAAUUUUCCACUUACAGGUUGAUAUUCAGGUGUCGCAUGGAACGGGACAAGAGAAGACACUGUAAAUAAAGCGGUCAACAUCAGUUCUGAAGCGCUGUCAUCCCGCUGUUGUUUGUAGCACAAUACGAAUCGGCCCGCUGGCAGGUUUUACUGGGAUGUGUGCGUGUGCUUGUGUGUGUGCGCGAAAGAGGGGAGGGGGGAGGGGGAUGUAGUGUCGUGUUGGGUCGCAGCGGCCCCGGAGCCCAGGGCUACCAAAAAGCAUUUCAUUGUAGUGUUGUGGAGGUGGCCGUGCUGUGUAGUAAACACUUUUGUAUGUGGUGUCAUGAGGCUACAAAUUAAGAAAAUUGGAGCUGUCUUCUCGGUAUUGUCACGGGAGUUUCACAAUCCAUCUUGAAAAUGGGUUCCUGCCCGCUGCAAGGUGGAAAACGACGUGCCAGUUUAGUCAUAGGGUGUGCAAGCAAAGUUUUAUUAAAAAUCGAUUACCUUUAUACUUCUAAUGAGCUCCAUUUCAGUGACACAUCCUUAUAUAUUUAAACGUUGUACUAAUUACAUGCUGCUCAGCGUGGUCAAACGUCGAUUGUAGCCAUUUACUAAUGUUGUAUUAUUGUAUUACCAGUAUGAAAAACAUUUAUAUAUGGAUAUAUCUAUUUGUGACCCUUCAAGAGGAUUGUACCUUUUUUGGUUUGGUUUGGUUUGGUUUGGUUUCCUUUUGUUUUGUUGAUCGAUGGUGGUCCAGGUUUAUUUUCGACGGCGAUUUAUGCAAGUACUGAGAGAUCUGUGUGGCGUUGUUUCUGUUCGUCUGUAUAUUUGGUUCAGCUACUGAAUGUAAUUCAACUUUUUAUGUACAUGUCUUUGUUUUUUAAGCAGUACUUUGUAAAUGUGUGGACAUGCUAAAGCGAGUCUUCGUUUCUGAAGCCCGACGGAGAUACGGUCCAGCUGACAAAUCUCUUUUCUAACAGGAGCACUCCAGCUGGCCCAUGAACAUUAUCAUGACCCUGCAACGGACAAUAGUAGAAAGACAUGAAACGAUUGGAUGAGACGGAGCAGAAUGAUGCUCUUUGGUUUUUAUCGACAACCACUUUCUUUUUUUCUUUAUGCAAGCGGUGAACAGUCGAGCCACAUUCAAAGCCUCCUGUCACUCUAUAAUCAAUGUUGAAAACGGCAGUAUGUUAUCCUGCACUGUACAAAAAAAAAGAAAAAAGGAAAAAAAAAUGUUGUUGGGUUACCUAAAAAUGUGUUUGAUUUAGUAACAUCUGGUUUUAUUCAGGUCAGCAUUUUCAUAUUCAACUGGACUGAAUCCGCCUGGCUGCGUUAAGCUGAAAACAACCAAUCGGAUCGGGUAGAACUACAUCUUUAAAAUAACAACUGCACGUUUUCACGCUUUUUACAGUGUGUGUGUGUUUCGGCUCAGUGAGAAGGGAUGUGGUACAUUUAACAGAUAGCCCACCUCUACAGAGCAUUCCCAAGCUUUGCAAAAUCAUGCGCUUCCUCGGACUCAGGUGUUACAUGACAGAACUGAUGCGUUCCCUUCCAUAGGUAAUGAUGUUACAACUCCUUCCUUGCUGCAUUCUUCCUCUCAGAACUUUCUUUUCUACAAAGCUGGUGACUCCUAUCUCAGCGACUGUACAACUUUGUUACCCGAAGGAUCAUCAGAUGCGAACGUUCGGCGAAGACGUGUUGUUUCAGGGACUCUAAAAUCCGAGUGGCGGAAGAGACUGUGACUGAACAACCUAACAAAAAGAUGUCAAUUCAACAGAGAUCCGAUAGGCCUCUGGGUUUAUUCCUUUGCUUUAGUCCGUACGAGACAUUACUUGUUUACAUGUCCUGGUUUUUCCACCCUGCUGUGAGGUAUAUGUCAGCUUUUGCACUGUAUUCUUUGGCUUGUUGUCUUCCCUCUACUCUCUGUUUUCCUCUCAAGCAGCCCAUUGACCUGAGCACCAAAGUCAUUCGCCGUCUUCCUCGACCCAAAGCAGAGAACCAAUGCAAACUGUAGUCUGCUUAUAGUCUAUUGUCAGAACUACGAUGAAACUCAAGCGCAUGUAUCUGCCACUUGUUCCAUCAUCCGAACCGUCCUUCAGAUCUACACUGGUCGUCUGCUCUGUCAGGGCAGGUGGAAGACCAGCUAUGCAGCUCACCUCUGUCUGCACAGUUCUCUUGAACAUCAUUCAAACAGUCAAGCCAAUGGAAACGACAAAUUUAUCUUGGCAAUUGCUUUUCCCAACACGAAAAGGACAUAAAAAAAAGAAGAAAAAAAACGAACUCCUGCCAACCUGAUUUUCCUCAUCGUCAUUGCCAGAUCCCCGAAGCACAAGAGUUUGAAUGGAAGUCAAGUUAGUUGUCUCAGUGAUAGUUACCUUCCAUGUAGUGUGUAUGCGUGCGCGUGUGUACGUGUGUGCUUCCAGCCCCUUUGUUUUCUACUGAAAAUAUACAAAAAGCUACUUCCUGUCAUCUCAAUAUAAAAUGUAUUAUAUUAAAGGUUCUCUUCAUGUGCAACAUGAGCUCUAUGCUACAACAAAUCUAUCAUUUGGGGUUUUCUUUUGUUGUUUUCAUUUUUCUUUUAUUGUUUUCAAAUUUUGAAGUUGUUCCAAAUACAUAAGCGUGAAGAAAAAAAAUAACCACUAAAGAAAAAAAAAAAGAAACCAGUAUAAAGUAUUCUAUUUAAAAUGAAAUGACGAAACUUCUGCUGUCCUGGAUCUGUACUCGAAAUUUCAGUUUUCUUUCUGUAUGCAUCCAAUGUGCUUCAGACAACCAGUACUGUUUAUUAAUG